AUGGAAGGCGUAAUUGCUAGUAAAAGUACAGAGUCAAACACAUUGAACUUACAAGAAUCAAUAACUGAUGCACCUCUUGUCAAUGUUCCAAAUGUUUCAACGUCAGCAGUGAAUUUACCGCCUCCAAAGCAAAUUAAAACAAAAAGUUUUAGUAAAGGAGAGCGUACAGUAACGGCAACAACAAAAGUUUCCCCAAAUGCCAAUAAUAAGAAGAUCGUCAAAACUCAAUCAAAAACAAAGAAACCACAAGCAGGCAAUGUAAAAACUGCGACUUCGCUACCACAAGUUAAACAAGCAAAAUCCUCUGCCAUUCGUAAACCCACAGUGAGCAGUAGUAAUACUGGCAUAGGUGGCAAUAGUUCAUCCUCAAAAGCCAAGCCUCAGCUGAGAAAACAAAAGUCCCUAGAAGAGAAUAUUGUUAACAAAUCAGCAUAUCUUCCUCCGAUAACUGCAGGUCUUGAUGGUAGUAAUAAUAAUGUUAUUGAUUCUAUGAUAAUAGACGAACAAGAACAACAAGAAUUUCCUCAGACAGACCCAUUCGAAAUCAAUGAUCCAGAUGUAGUUCAACGUAUUCCGGUGUACUUCACAAAUCAAUUGGCGUUACCAGGAGUUCAGUUGCUCCAAUUCCCAAUACGUGAAAAAUCGCGUCCAUAUGCUGAAGGAGAGCAACCGAUAAAAACACGACUGAAACCAAAUUCUAAACAUCUUGAACUUGAUAUACCACUGGAUACAAAUAACACAUAUUAUGAUAAACACAGAGGCCAAGAAUUGGCAUUAGGAACCAAUGAAGAAAUGGCAAAAACGAUACGUGAUCGAUUUUCACAAGUAAACGAUGAUGAUAAAUUGGAUAGGCAAACGCUACAAUCUACGGCUGUUCCACCGAAAUACUUCAUUCCAACAAAAUAUAUUUCCACAGGUGCUUUUCAUUUGACUCCUGUAAAUGCAACAUAUCAACUUCGUCCUGGUCUCAAAUAUCUCGACAAGAUUGACGAAAAACAAAAAGCAGCGAACAAAAAAGUCGAUGAUGAAGAAUUAAAAGAAUUGAAUCAGGAUGUUGACAAUGAAGAGCCCACAAUAUCACAAAAAGGUAAAGGAAGAGGAAGAGGGAGAGCAGUUCAAAUAUCCGCCAAGACUAAUGAUCCGGAUGCUGCUGCAAAGCGAAAGAGCACAUAUUCCUUAUCUCAACGGGAAGCAGAAGACGAAAAAUGGAUCGAAUUAGAUUAUUAUUAUUGGAAGACUCCAGAGGCAGCAAGAUUGUUUGAUAAGAUAGCGGCAGACAAACGACACUGUGCAAAUUUAAUUCCAAAGAUCGGACGUAAAUCUUAUCUUGAGGCUAUUCAACCUCCUAAACCUGAUUUGGCGAAAUUAGGCCCUAGAAUUUUAGACGAUGAUGAAGAUGAAGAAAUGGAAGUUUCAAUGACAUAA